AUGCCACUUCCUCCACGAUCGCGACGUGGGGGCGGAAUCUCUGCAAAUAGUAAUCAGGAAGGCAUUGCCUACGAUUGGUUCCUGAAACAAGCACUUCUAUCUCAAGUCUACGAUCUCGUGAAAGAAACUCCGAUUCAAUACCUGCCAGUGAUGUCAAACGAGUUGAACAAUCAGAUUUUUGCGAAACGGGAGGAGAUGCAGACUGGAUUCUCUUUCUGUACCCGAGGUGCCCAUCAUCUCCUCCUGAAUCUGACCCUGAAGACAAGGCCAACUGGUAUUGUGGUUGCGAGCGCAGGCAACUACGGGAAUGGAGUUGGACUUAGUGCAAAGUAUCUAGGGAUUGACUGCGUGAAUGUGGUUCCAGAGAAUUCAAAUGCUGUGAAGAUACGAAAUCUCAAGAGGAACAGCGACGUUAUUGCUUUCGGCAGCAACCUUGCAAAGAUGAACGGAUAUACGUUUGUGUCCCUUGACGAUCCAUUGAUGAUCGCAGGCCAUGCUACAAUAGCAGUAGAGAUUCUCCGCCAAUCCAAACAAAACUUUGAUUACAUCUUCGUCCCAAUAGGGACUGGAAACUUAGCAAGAGCAAUUGGAACAUACUUGAAACGGUUGAAGCCCAUGACCAAAAUCAUUGGGGUGGCAAUGCAGAACUCAGAUCUUCAAUCUGUAUUUGCUUGUGAUCAUACCUCUCUAUUGAACAUGUUGGAUGAUGUUGUUUAUGUGGACUCUACGGAGGUUAAAAAUUCAAUCCUUGAUUACUAUGAGGACACCAGGACUGUCCUUGAACCAUAUGGCGCAUUAUCUAUUGCAGCGGCAAGGAAAUGGCUUUGGAGGGAGCAAGUAGUGAACAGCCGCGUGCUACUGCUGACAACGGGCUCGAACGUUGACUUGCAAGACGCCUCGACUUCGCAACUCGAUAACCCCGGGCGAUGGGAUGAAGAGAAGGUGGACGAAGUAGCGUCAGGUGCAAUCUCCCAUGGGAUCAUGCCUUCAAGUUUCGUCCGAUUCGUUCCCAAGCAAAGCAAAUCUUGCAAGUAUGGGUUACGGAUCGUGCAGCCGCAGAUCAUUCAUUCCACCCCCAGCAAGUUUACUGUCGGACUAGGAGUCAGUCAAAUUUCUCGAUGGGACGCUGCUGAUCAUUUCGCAAACCUCGUGUAUGAGGGGAGAUCCUAA